CUUUCAGUCCUUCCCCAACACGUCGACUUUGCUUCGAAGCAAACUCUCUCCCCCCCAAAUUAACCAUGGAUUUCGCGAAACUAAACGAAACCCACCUCCGCCAUCCCUUAUCCUCACACACACAUCCACGGCGCGUGUGUUAUACGACUCCACCGUUUUCCUCCCCCAACAACCUCAUGCUGUGAUUCUCUAAUUCAUCGUCUUUGCAGAAGUUCUGCCAUGGCUUCUACUUCCUACUGGCCACUUCUUUCUCGAAUAGUAUAUCUUUUGAAUUUGGCUUAUCAUGUGGCCAACGCCUCAGAUAAGUAUAUAUCAGCAAUUGGAGACCCAGGAAUGAAGAACCCAAAUGUGAGAGUUGCACUGGAAGCAUGGAACUUUUGCAAUGAGGUUGGGAUGGAAGCCCCACACAUGGGAAGCCCCAGGUUGGCGGAUUGUGCCGACUUGUACUGCCCGUUGAUCAUGGAUUCCUUGGGCCGCACCACAAAAUGCGAAGUACAUCACAAAGUGAAUGAAUCAGACAACAGCUUGGGGACUGGUGAUAAGUUUCCUAUAAAAGGAUUUGAGCCAUACAUGGACCCUAACCUGUUUGCUAUGGAAAAGGAACUGUAUCUCGGCUCUCUUUGCGAGGUGCAGGAUUCCUCAGAUCCGUGGCACUUCUGGAUGAUUAUGCUCAAGAAUGGAAACUUUGAUAAGAACACCACCCUUUGUCCUGAGAAUGGCAAGAAUGUCAGUAAAAUCAUAACUGGCAGAAAUUUUCCAUGUUUUGGUGAAGGAUGUAUGAAUCAGCCACUUGUAUACCAUAACUACUCAAGAUUGGUUUCUUCUGGGGACCAAAUAGAGUCUUUACUAGGAGGAUUUUAUGGAACGUAUGACCUUGAUGCUGAUCUGGGUGAAGGUAUAGGGAAGAACUCCUACUUCUCCAUCACAUGGCAGAAGAAUUUGAGCUCCGGAAGUUGGAUUUUCUCGCAGAUAUUAACAACAUCUUCAAAGUAUCCUUGGCUUAUGUUGUAUCUACGUGCAGAUGCAACUGAAGGAUUUAAUGGCGGUUAUCACUAUGGUAGUCGUGGAAUCAUUAGAAAGCGGCUAGAAUCUCCAAACUUUAAGGUAAAGCUGACACUAGAUGUUAAACGUGGUGGAGGGCCCAACAGUCAAUUUUAUCUCCUUGAUAUAGGAAGCUGCUGGAAGAACAAUGGAGACCCUUGUGAUGGUGAUGUUCUGACAGAUGUGACUAGAUACAGCGAAAUGAUAAUAAAUCCAGCAACUACAAGCUGGUGCCGCCCAGAUAACCUCGUCUCCUGCCCACCUUACCAUGUUAAUCCUACUGGUGAGAGGAUACAUAGAAAUGAGACAUCUCGGUUUCCGUAUUCUGCUUAUCAUCUCUACUGCAGCCCAGGAAAUGCCAACUAUCUGGAGGAACCAUAUGAUAUCUGUGACCCAUAUAGCAACCCACAGGCACAGGAACUGGUGCAAAUUCUUCCACAUCCUGAAUGGGCUGUGCAUGGUUAUCCCUUAAAGAAAGGAGAUGGAUGGGUUGGAGACUCAAGGACUUGGGUGCUUGAUGUGGGUGCUCUCUCUAGUCGGUUAUACUUCUACCAGGAUCCAGGAACAAAACCGGCAAGGCGUGUAUGGUCUUCAAUUAAUGUGGGCACAGAAAUAUAUGUUAGCCGCUCAGGACCAGGGGUGACUGCAGAAUGGACCGUCAGUGAUUUUGAUGUGUUGGUUCCGGAAGAUGUUACUAGCACUUCUGUUAGCUUUUAUUGAUCGUUUCACAGCAUGUACACUUUUCAAUCUUGCAAAGAAUAAACAAAAAAUUUUCUUUAAAUGUAAAUGUUCUCUCUUACUUUCUGCAGACAUAAGAAGUUAAGAACAGUACAUUUGCCUUCCAACUAUUUGGGGUUUUGCA